AUGGAUCUAAUUGUGAAUGAAAAUGAUGGAGAUCAUGUGAGCUGUGAAGCAUUUAAAGACACAACACCUGAUUUACCGCGUGGUCAUGGAAGCAUCAGGACCAACUUUGGUCCUAUGAGAGCUGCUGGGUUCAUGACUCAGACAUCAAACACUCCAUCACCACCUGAAUGUACAGACAACCAGUUCUCUACACUGAGGAUUGUGCUGAUCGGGAAAAGUGACGACAAAAAGACAAAACUUGGUAACUUCAUUACUGGGAAAGAAGAAUUUCAUUACCAAAAAAAUCCCUCCUGUGUGGCCGCCUGUGGAGAGUGGAGAGGAAAACCAUUGACUGUAGUAAAAACUUCAGAUAUCUUCAGUCAGUCUGAGCAGACAGUGAGAGAAGAAGUGAGGAGGUUCAUGAAUCUGUGCUUCCCUGGACCAAAUGUUCUGCUGCUGUUAGUGAAACCUUCUGAGUUCAGUGAAAAUGACAAAAAAAGACUGAAGUUCAUCCUGAGUUUGUUUGGUCAAGAUGCUUUUAAACACUCCAUGGUCAUCAUCACACACAAGGAGAAAGAAACAAGUUUCACUGAAGACUGUGGAGGAAGAUACUACAACAUGUUUGAAGAUGACCACAAACAGUUAAUGGAGAACAUUGAGAACAUUGUUACACAAAACAGAGAAACCUUCCUCACCUUCACUGAAGAGACCAGAAGACCACAGUCUUUAAACCUGGUUCUGUGUGGGAGGAGAGGAGCAGAGAAGACUUCAGCAGCCAAGGCCAUUUUAGGUCAGACAGAGCUUCAUUCAGUCUCCAGCUCAUCAGAGUGUGUUAAACAUCAGGGAGAGGUGUGUGGACGUCAGGUUUCUCUGGUGGAGUUGCCUGCCUUGUAUGGAAAACCUCAGGAAGCAGUGAUGAAGGAAUCAUUCAGGUGUAUCUCCCUCUGUGAUCCUGAGGGUGUCCAUGCCUUCAUCCUGGUCCUACCUGUGGGUCCCCUCACUGAUGAAGACAAGGGAGAGUUAAAGACCAUCCAGAACAUGUUCAGCUCUCGAGUCAAUGACUUCACCAUGAUUCUGUUCACUGUGGAGUCAGAUCCUACAGCUCCAGCUGUUGAUGACUUUAUAAGAAAGGACAGAGACAUCCAGGAGCUCUGUCAGAGCUGUGGAGGAAGAUAUGUUGUUCUCAACAUCAAGAACAAGCAGCAGAUCUUUGAGUUGUUGGAUACUGUGGAGAAGAUGAGACAAUCUGAAAAUAAACCAUGUUGUUAUACAACAGGGACCUUUGCACAUGCCCAGAUGGAUAAAGUCAUACAACAAGAGAAGCAUAUCAUGGAUCAGCAAUGUGAGCUUGAGAAGCUGAAAAAGAGGAGCAACAUCACUUGUGAUGAUGAGAAACAGAGCUCAGAGUGUCUCAGGAUUGCUCUGAUAGGGAAGACUGGUAGUGGAAAGAGCUCUUCAGGAAACACCAUUCUGGGAAGAAAAGAGUUUAAAGCUGAAACAAGUCCAACAUCAGUCACCAAACAGUGUCAGAAAGCACAGAGUGAAGUGGAUGGUCGUCGUGUCGUCGUGGUCGACACUCUUGGUCUGUUUGACACCACUUUGUCCCACAAAGAGGUUAAUGAGGAGAUGGUGAAAUGCAUCAGUCUUCUGGCUCCAGGACCACAUGUCUUCCUGUUGGUGUUACAGAUUGGCAGAUUCACACCAGAAGAGAAGGAGACAUUAAAACUCAUCAAGGAAGCCUUUGGGAAGGAUUCAGAGAAGUUCACCAUCAUUCUUUUCACAAGAGGAGAUGAACUGGAGGAUGACAAGUCCAUUGAAGAAUACAUUAAACAAUGUGAUGAUUCCUUUAAGAAGCUGGUUGCUGACUGUGACGGGAGAUAUCAUGUGUUUAAUAAUAAAGAUAAACUAAACCGCACACAAGUCAGUGAACUGUUAAACAAGAUUGACUCCAUGGUGAAGAAAAAUGGUGGCAGCUGCUUCACCAAUGAGAUGCUGGAAGAGGCCGAAGCAUCAAUAAAGAAGGAAAUGGAGAAGAUCCUGAAGGAUAAGGAAGAAGAGAUGAAGAGAGAAAGGGAGGAUCUUAAAAGAAAACAUGAAGAAGAAAUUGAGGCAACGAAAAGACAAAUAGAAAAACAGAUUGAACAGGAGAGAGAACUGAGAGAGAAACAACUUCAGGAAAAGGAGGAAAAGAUUCAGAAAGAAAGAGAAGAGAGAAAGCAAGCACAGGAAAAAAGAGAAGAAGAAGACGAGAAGAGGAGAGAACAGGAAGAAAUUCAGCGACUGAAGUGGGAACAGGAACUAGCAGCUUUAGAGAAAAAGAUGAAGACAGAAGCAGAAGAAAAAGAAAUCAUUGAUAAAAAGCUGAUGGAGAACAGAGAAGAGAUGAGAAAAGAACGAGAGGACUGGGAGAAGAAACAAAAAGAAAUGUGUGAGAAAAGAAAGCAAGAAGAUGAACAGAGACGACAAGAGGAGCAGAGAAGAAUAAAAAAGCUCCAAGAAGAAUAUGAACAGGAAAUGAAAAAAGAAGAAGAUCAAAUCAGAAGAGAACAAGAGGAGAAAGAGAAAAAAGAAUUAGAAGACAAAUAUAAUAAAGAACUGGAGAAUGUAAAGAAAACAAAUGAAGAUGAAGCCAGAAAGAAAGCUGAAGAGUUCAAUGAAUUCAAACAGAAACACAUGAAAGAAUUUGAAGCUCAGAAGAAAGAACUGAAAGACAAAGAGGAGCAGUAUGAUCUGUUAAAGGCACUAAAAGCCAAUGAUGAAAAACAGAAGAGGGAAAAACAUCAAGAGGAAAUCAUUAACUUGGUGCUCCGCAUGGCCGGUGUGCUCAUAGAUCCGAGCCGGGCUCCGGUGGCCUUCGGGCGGCGCGCGGUGCCGCAGCUGUUCGGGGAGCUGCAGCAGCUGGAGGCCGACAGGAAGCAGCGAGCUCUGGCUUCACUCUGCGACCUGAUGCACGACCCGGAGAAGCUCUACCAGGCUGUGACUGGAGGUUUUGUGGAGCAGCUGGAGGUUUUAUUUAAGGACGAAGAUUCAUCAGUGAGAACGAAAACCUGCGAGCUGCUUCACCUGCUGACGGCCCACAGCAUCGGCAGUGGGAGCCGGACCCCCAUAGAGGGUCAGAUUGAGGUCCAUCCACCAUAG